AUGGCUUCCCUUAGCCAAAUCUUCCUUAUUCUGAUGAUCAUGUCUUCUUCUUCUCCUUUCUGCUUCGGUGGAAGUCGGAAGGAACUCCGAGAUAAAGAUGAGAGUUAUACACAGUCGAGUUAUGUUGUUGGAUCUAAAUCUGUGGACCCGAGACGUGUUCUUCAACUCUCAUGGCAACCAAGGGUCUUUCUUUACCGCAGAUUCUUGUCAGAGGAAGAGUGUGAUCAUCUGAUAUCUCUGAGAAAGGAGAGUUCAGAGGUUAAGUCAGGGGAUGCUGAUGGGAAGACGCAACUUGAUUCAGUAGUUGCUGGAAUUGAAGAAAAGAUUUCUGCAUGGACUUUCCUACCAAGAGAAAACAGUAGUCCGAUCAAGGUAAGAAGUUACACGUCGGAAAAGACAGGCAAGAAGUUGGAUUAUUUUGGAGAAGAUUCUAGCUCAGUAUGGCAUGAAUCUCUGUUGGCAACUAUCAUUCUCUACGUCUCAAAUACAACUCAAGGUGGAGAGCUUCUCUUCCCAUAUUCAGAGGUGAAAAGCACACAGAGUUGGUCAGACUGCUCACAGACCGGUAACAUUUUAAGACCAGUAAAAGGAAACGCAGUUCUGUUCUUCACAAGCCACUUGAAUGUAUCUUUGGAUCCAACAAGCACUCAUUUUAGAUGUCCUGUGCUGAAAGGGGAACUGUUGGUGGCGACAAAACUGAUAUACGCCAAGAAACAAGCAAUAAAUGAUGAGGAGAGCGGUGAAUGCAGUGAUGAAGAUGAGAACUGUGGGCAAUGGGCUGAGCUUGGAGAAUGCAAGAAGAACCCUGUUUAUAUGAUUGGCUCUCCUGAUUACUUUGGUACCUGCAGAAAGAGUUGUAACGCUUGUUGAUUCUUGAUAUCAUUCUGAUCAUAUUGAAAAAUAAUGGGGCCAUUAGUUGAAAC